AUGCCGUUCCGGUCGCGCGUGGCGUCCACGACCGUGUCCCGCGACGUUCCGUUCCGGUCGCACGUGACGCCACCUGCAAUGGCGACGCGGUUUCCGCUUCCUGCAAAGUACUUCGACCCCGUUCGCGUCUCGCCCUCGAGACGACAGGAGUACAAAGACCUGGUCCACGACCGCGUGCACGCUCUGCUGGCGGACGAGUACCGAAGCGACGAGCAGCCCACUGAGUGGAAGUUUGUCCGAUGCAUUCGGGACGUCGACGUGUUUCAGCGCCGCUUUCGCGGUCGGUCGCGACAAGAGGUGGCGGCCCAAGAGGAGUUCCCGGACGCAGUACGUGCCGUGGAGAGAGGGAACCCGAGCAUGCUCGUCACGGGGACAAUCAACGGCUCGAUGGAGGACAUGCUCUUCGGCGCGAGUGCGACGACGCAGGAGGAGAUGAUGACGGGCUUCUCCAUCACGUCGCCACCGGUGGACGCCGCGUUGCUCAGCGUCGUCGAUCGGUCGACAGCAGACGACCCACUCCGGUCGGCCGAGCUCCUCUGGGUGCUCACGAAGCUGCCGCUCCUGUGUCCCCGCGACGUGUGUUUCCUCAAAGCGACGGGCGUCGGACGCGAUGGCAACGGCGUGCCCUACGGCUACAUGGUGCUCCAUUCGGUUGAGGUGUCUGCGUGUCCGCCGUUCGACUACCGGCAGACCAAAGUCCUGCGCGCGAAGAUGUACUUCUCGUUCGUGUUCCGGGAGCUCACGCCAAAGACGCUGCACGUGAGGGGACGUGGCAUCUUUGACUUGGCCGGCGGCGAGAUGCUCAAGCGCGUGCUGCCGCAUGCCACGGCGACUGUCAUUGGCGGUCUCUUGCGGUCGGCGAGCUGUGGGGAGACCAAGAAGCUCACGUUGGUGGCCUCGCGGUAUCGUGUCGACCGCCAUCGACCUCAAGCGCCUUCAAAGCGGAGCGUGUGCUCCAUGUGCAUCCGUGCGAACAACCGCUUGCGAUCGGGCGCUCGACUCCGUCCGUGUGCCGUGUGUGGCGUCCCGAUCUGCAAGAACUGCCGGAUCAAGGACCGCAAGCUCUUCCUCGGGACGCACCAGCCGUGGCAAGCGGUCACGUGCUGUGCCACUUGUUUGCAGCAGGCGCGUAGCAUCGCAAACGUGCGUCUGGGCGCGCCCGAGUUCACGGUCGUGGCCGAGUUCUACGACAAGCACCGCCUCACCUCAGAGUCUUCAUCUCCUGACGCAUCUGCAGUUGCAGCAGUUGAAGCAGCAGUAGCAACGACAGCGUCGUAUUCAAUCGCUUCGUCGGAAGCUUCGGAGGCUCGUCACGCUCCACUGAGCAGCACUUACACCGAUACACCGGAUCGCAGCUACGACGCAAGAAAGCUGACAUCGGCUUCUUCGCUGCCGUUCGACGGCAGUAAAACGUGCUCGUCCGAAGCAGUGACGACGGCCUCGACCCUCGGUGAAAGCUGUGCCGCCUUCGACUGCGACGUGAGCGUCUCCGGCACACUGAGCGACCUGAAUUCCGGCGACUACCGCUUCAACUCGAGCGUGUUUUUCAAUCGAGACAUUGAGCUGGAAGAGGAGCCCGGCGUGUCCGUGGCAUUGCUCAUGGAGUACGCCGAGCUCGGCAACUUGACGGACGAUACGAUCCCGAGCAGUGCGCGAGGUGCGACCGACAGCUACUCGGCAAACGAUCGCCAUGACGAUGAUGAUGGUGACGAUCGUAGCGACGAACGGUAUCCCGUGGACACUGACAACAUCUCUAAGUCUCGUGUCUUCAACGUGGAAGCUCCACCUCGUUCCCACCCCACGCACCGACCAAACAACAUGUUCGAGUGGAUGAUGGAGCUCCAGUCGUCCGUCGAAGAAGCGUACGUGACGGCCAAAGCCAACGAAGCGCUCAUGAAGAAGUCCAUGCGGUAA